AUGGCUUCUUCCUCGAAAUCUCCGAGCAUUCUGCUAUACUCCUGUAUCGCUCAUCGGACAACCAUCCUAGCCGAGCAUUCGGCUCCUGGCUCCUCUACAACAACUGCGUCUUCUCUAGCAUCGAUCAUCCUGCCAAAAAUCAGCCAUGACAAGCCCCAGAAGCUGACCUACACCCAUGAACGUCUCUUUGUUCACUACAUCGCCGACUCCCCAUCAGGUGGAGCGGCCGAUGAUCAAAACACCCGCUCUGAGCCCGACUCCUUUGCACCCCUAAGCUUCGUGGUUGUAGCGUCCGCAGAACAAGGCCGUCGUAUUCCAUUUGCCUAUUUGCUUGAGAUCAAGCGGAAAUUCCUAUCCACAUACGCACCUUCCAGCACCGACUUCUCGUCACUGCCAGCUUACGGUUGCGCUGCUUUCAACGGAGAGAUCCGUUCUCUGUUGCAGACAUAUAACACGGCCCCUCCAGCUGAUUCUCUCGCCUCGGCCCGACGUGAGAUUGACAGCGUUCGCGAUAUCAUGACGGAGAACAUUGAGCGUGUGCUUGAGCGUGGCGAGCGGAUCGAUCUGCUAGUCGACAAGACCGAUCGUCUCGGUGGGAGUGCACACGAUUUCCGUAUCCGCAGUCGUGGUUUACGGCGGCGUAUGUGGUGGAAGAACGUCAAGUUGAUGACGCUUCUUGGUGUCGUGGUGGUCUUCCUACUUUAUCUGUUCAUUGGAUUUGGCUGUGGACUGCCUGCAUGGUCGAAGUGUAUCAGCCACAACUAG